CGGCGCCACCAGGGGGCGCGCCCCCCCGCCCAUGGCGCCUGCGCGGGCUGCCUGUCACGUGGCUGCCUCCGGCCUCUGCGCUGCGCGCCUCCCCGGGUCUGCGCUGCGGCCGUGCGCGCGUGCGCGGAGCAGGCCGCCAGGACCCGCAGGUGCCACCGGCCAUGGACGUGAGGUGGCUGCCCUGCUCCCGCCCCCUGCUCGGGGUCUGCGCCCUCCUCUCCUUGGUCACCGCUGCCCUCCUGGGGCACGUCCUGCUGCACACUAUCUCGGUGGUUCCCCGGGAGCUGCACUGUUUCUCCCCAGAACCCGAGGGGAUUCACCGAGCUCGUCAGCAGGGAUCCGGCAGCCCAGGACUCCGGCCCACCCCAGGGCACCGUGGCAAUCCCAGAGCAACACCCACACAGUGUGAUGUGUCCCCGGACAGCCGCUUCGACUGUGCCCCAGACAGGGCCAUCACCCGGGAGCAGUGUGAAGCCCGGGGCUGCUGCUAUGUGCCUGCCAGGCAGUGGCCUCAGGGUUCCCGGAUGGGGCAGCCCUGGUGCUUCUUCCCACCCAGCUACCCGAGUUACAGGCUGGAGAACCUGAGCACCACAGACACGGGCUACACGGCAACCCUGACCCGAGCCACUCCCACCCUCUUCCCCAAGGACAUCCUGACCCUGCGGCUGGACGUGCUGGUGGAGACUGAGAGCCGACUGCACUUCACGAUCAAAGAUCCUGUCAACAAGCGCUACGAAGUACCCUUGGAGACCCCGCAUGUCCGCAGCCAGGCACCGUCCCCACUCUACAGCGUGGAGUUCUCCAAGGAACCCUUUGGGGUGGUCGUGCGCCGGAAGCUGGGCGGACGGGUGCUGCUGAACACGACAGUGGCCCCCCUGUUCUUCGCUGACCAGUUUCUGCAGCUGUCCACGUCCCUGCCGACACAGCACAUCACGGGCCUCGCCGAGCACCUCAGCCCCCUGAUGCUCAGCACCAACUGGACCAAGGUCACACUCUGGAACCGGGACAUCGCCCCCACGCCUGACGUGAACCUGUAUGGAUCCCACCCCUUCUACCUGGCACUGGAGGACGGUGGGUCAGCUCACGGCGUCCUCCUGCUGAACAGCAAUGCCAUGGACGUGGUCCUGCAGCCGAGCCCGGCCCUCAGCUGGAGGUCAAUAGGCGGGAUCCUGGACGUGUACGUCUUCUUGGGCCCGGAGCCCAAGAGCGUGGUGCAGCAGUACCUGGACGUCGUGGGCUCCCCAUUCAUGCCGCCAUACUGGGGCCUGGGCUUCCACCUGUGCCGCUGGGGCUACCCCUCCACGGCCAUCACCCGCCAGGUCGUGGAGAACAUGACCAGGGCCCACUUCCCCCUGGACGUCCAGUGGAAUGACCUGGACUACAUGGACGCCAGGAGGGACUUCACCUUCAACAAGGACGGCUUCGGAGACUUCCCGGCCAUGGUGCAGGAGCUCCACCGGGGUGGCCGGCAGUACGUGAUGAUCAUGGAUCCUGCCAUCAGCAGCUCUGGCCCUGCCGGCAGCUACAGACCCUAUGAUGAGGGUCUGCGGAGGGGGGUUUUCAUCACCAACGACACUGGGCAGCCGCUGAUUGGGAAGGUGUGGCCUGGACCCACUGCCUUCCCUGACUUCACCAACCCUGAAGCCCUUGAGUGGUGGCAGGACAUGGUGGCCGAGUUCCACGCCCAGGUGCCCUUCGAUGGCAUGUGGAUUGACAUGAACGAGCCAUCCAACUUUGUCAGGGGCUCUGUGGACGGCUGCCCCGACAGCGACCUGGAGAACCCACCCUAUGUGCCAGGGGUGGUCGGCGGGACCCUCCAGGCAGCCACCAUCUGUGCCUCCAGCCACCAGUUCCUGUCCACUCACUACAACCUGCACAAUCUGUACGGCCUGAGCGAAGCCUCUGCCUCCCACAGGGCCCUGGUGAAGGUUCGGGGCACCCGCCCCUUCGUCAUCUCCCGCUCAACCUUCUCCGGCCACGGCCGAUAUGCCGGCCACUGGACCGGGGAUGUGUGGAGCAGCUGGGAGCAGCUCUCCUACUCCGUGCCCGAAAUCCUGCUGUUCAACCUGCUGGGGGUGCCCCUAGUCGGGGCCGACAUCUGCGGUUUCCUGGGCAACACAUCGGAGGAGCUGUGUGUGCGCUGGACCCAGCUGGGGGCCUUCUACCCCUUCAUGCGGAACCACAACGACCGUGGCAGCCUGCCUCAGGAGCCAUACAGGUUCAGCGAGACGGCGCAGCAGGCCAUGAGGAAGGCCUUCACCCUGCGCUACGCACUGCUGCCCCACCUCUACACGCUGUUCCACGGGGCCCACGUCAGGGGCGAGACCGUGGCCCGGCCCCUCUUCCUGGAGUUCCCCGAGGACCGCCGCACCUGGACCGUGGACCGCCAGCUCCUGUGGGGGGAGGCCCUGCUCAUCACCCCGGUGCUGGAGGCCGGGAAGGUGGAAGUGACCGGCUACUUCCCCGCCGGCACAUGGUUCGACCUGCAGACGGUGCCAGUAGAGGCUCAUGGCAGCCUCCCACCCCCACCUCCUGUACCCCUCACGCCUGCCAUCCACAGCAAGGGGCAGUGGGUGACACUGCCAGCCUCUCUGGACACCAUCAACCUCCACCUCCGGGCUGGCCACAUCAUCCCCCUGCAGGGCCCUGGCCUCACAACCACAGAAUCCCGCAAGCAGCCCAUGGCCCUGGUCGUGGCCCUGCCCGCGAGUGGGGAGGCCCAAGGGGAGCUGUUCUGGGAUGACGGGGAGAGCCUGGGGGUGCUGGAGCGUGGGGCCUACACGCACGUCAUCUUCCGGGCCCAGAAUAACACCAUUGUGAAUGAGCUGGUGCACAUGAGCAGUGAGGGGGCCAGCCUGCAGCUGAGCAAGGUGACCAUCCUGGGGGUGGUCCCAGCCCCCCAGCAGGUCCUGUCCAAUGGCAUUCCUGUCUCCAACUUCACCUACAGCCCUGACACCGAGGCCCUGGGCAUCCCUGUCUGGCUGACAAUGGGGCAGCAGUUCCUCAUCAGCUGGUCCUGACCGGUGUGCUCAUGCUGCCCAGGAGGCCCCUCCCAGAGGCCCAGCACCUGUGCACGCUCAUCCAGGUGGGUGGGUCUUGGGGUCGGGAGCACUUAGCCCACAUUGCUGGGCACCGACCUCCCUCCUGGACUCUGAGGUCCUGGGGGGCCACCCUGUGUCUGCAAUGUCACGCUGGAAGCCUGCCACCAGCCGCUGUCACUGGAAUGCGUGACGUCAGCCGCCAGCAGCUGCCUGUCAGUGACGGCAGAGGUGGUGGUGCUGGGGAUCGGAUGCUGUACUUGCCGAGGCCACACCCAACUGCUUCCUGGGCAUCUGCCCCCGCCAGCGGCACGGCUGUCCACCCGUCUGUCGAGAGUGGGCCUGGGGAGCUCUGGAGAAUUCUCAAGACCUGGGGGAGCCCUUAACCAUUAAAUGCAAAUGUUUCUAAUAAAAGGGUCUUUGCAUUCAGG